AUGUCGUCUAUGCGCAACGCCGUCCAACGGCGGCAACACCGCGAGCGCGGUCAGCUUGAGGGCCGUGAGAAAUGGGGUCUUCUUGAAAAGCACAAGGACUACUCGCUCCGCGCAAAAGACUACAACGAGAAGAAGGCCAAAUUGAAGCGUCUGCAAGAAAAGGCCAAGGAUCGCAACCCCGAGGAGUUCAACUUUGGCAUGGUCGGAGCCAAGAACAGCCAACAAGGAAAGCAUGGACGGGGUGUUGGUGUCUCUCGAGACUCGGCUGCUGCUCGCGGACUCAGCCACGAUGCGAUCAAGCUGCUCAAGACCCAGGAUCAGAAUUAUCUGCGGACCGUGGGAGAACGGAUACGUCGGCAAAUCGAUCGUCUGGAACAAAAUAUGCAAUUGCAAGACGGAAUGAAUGUGGCUCUGGGCGUGAAGUCCAAGAAGGAGGAGCCAGAGGAGGACAAUGAUGAUGAGUUCGACGGAUUCGAUGACUUUGACGAUCUCGACUUUGGCGCCCCAGUGACACCAAAGCCACGCAAGGUUGUAUUCGCGGACGACAAGGGAGACCAGCAAAGUAUGAAGCGCCGACACGAGGAUGACGAUUCUAUGGAUGAGGAUGAGGAUGAGGUCGAGGCCAAGACAUCAUCUCAAACUCGCAAGACGCCCAAGCAACUUGCUGCAGAGAAGGAAGCUAUGCGCGAGGCUCGCCGUGCCCGCAAGAUCCGCAAACGAGUCAUCGAGGGUCGAGAGAACAAGCUGGUGGCUCUGCGCAAACAGUACGCAGAGAUUCAAAAGGCCGAGCGUGAAGUCGAACUGCAACGGGGCAAGAUGGACCGAUCUGUUGGAGGUACCAACAAGGAUGGACUCAAAUGGAAGGUCCGUGAGCGCAAGCGCUAA